AUGAUGACAGAUGAGAGUUAUCGAGAUGAACGUUUAGACUCAGUUGUGUCGUCCGUGUUCAUACAGCCGACGAUUAAUUUCAAGGCUAAACACGUUAGAGACCUUGGUAUUCUACUGUGCAUUAUAGGCGUCUGUAAUAUUAUACUUGGAUUUACUGCUAUAUUUAUUGGUUGUUUCAUGGCAUUUAUAUGUACACCUAUAUGGUCUGGAAUUGUGAUAAUAAUCGGAGGAGUGUUCGCCAUCCGAUCAGAGCUUGUUAGAAGAAGCAACAGAAUUCGACUAUUCGUGGAUGCUGUCAUAUUAGUUCUUUCAUUCUUUGCAUCUGUCUUUGCAUUUGUGGUAGCAAACCUGUGUGGUUUAUUUGGCAAUGUAUGUCAAACGCAUUCACCCAUAUCGGAUUUUCUAGAUACUUACGGCCCUAUUGCCGUCUCUUCAAAACAGAUCAACACAGUUUUUCUUUUCGACGCCCAUGACUUUGCCCAAGUUCAUCGAGAAGAAGGAAAAUAUCCAAAACGUAUGGAAGCACUUUUAAUGCGAGCACACAGAGAAUUUAAAGAAAUACCAUAUGGGGUAUUUUCAAGUGAUGGUCCUGAAUGGAGACGUUAUCGAAGCGCUCUCAGUAAGUACAUACUAAGGCCAAAAGAAGUCGUUAAAUAUACCGACCGGCUAUCAGACACUGCUGAAGACCUAGUGAGUAGAAUACAAAUCUUGAGGAAGGGCAAUGGAACGGUAAAGGAUUUGGAAAAACUAUUACAAUAUUGGGCGUUUGAAGGUGGUGCAUCUGUAAUAUUCGGCAAACGCUUCAAUCUGUUAUCCGAUAACCCUGACCAUGAUGCUGCCCUCUUCAACAAAGCACUCAAGUCUCUAACGUUGCCCUCAGUAGUAAUGUAUGAUGCUAAAUCAAUCAAAGUAAACAAGGACGGAAAUACGUUUUUCUGGAAGAAAUUCGUCAAAAAUUGGGACCAAUUAUUCGAUAUCACCGGAAAAUGCUUGUAUGAAAAGAACUUUGAACUUAAAAGCAGACAAGCACAGCUGUCGAAUUGUCCGGAGUCAGGCUUGGAUUAUCUGACUAAUCUUAUUACUGAAGGAAAACUAUCAGAGAAAGAAUUGCAUACGAAUUUGACAGAAGUCUUCCUUGCUGCUACUGACACGGCAAAAUCAGCACUAACAUGGGUUCUGUAUGUACUCGGAAGAAAUCCACGUGUACAAGAAAAACUGUACCGAGAAGUGAUGUUAUAUGCACCAUUUGGCCAACCAAUUACUGAACGUACUAUGAGUGAACAUCGCUGGAAUUAUAUCAAGGCUGUUUUGAAGGAAUCUUUGAGAUUAUAUCCACCUGCAAUUGGAAACCUUCGAAUAUUAGAUCAUGAUAUUGUAUUACGGGGUUACAAUAUUCCCGCAGGGACCAUACUGGUGGGUAUGACAUAUUACAUGUCAAGAGACCCGAAAAACUUUUACAAUGAAUUAGAUUUUAUUCCUGAACGGUGGAACCGUAAAGGUUUUGAGCGGUUCGAUGGAUUCAAGUCAAUGCCUUUUGGCUUUGGUGCACGUAUGUGUUUAGGUCGCCGAGUAGCAGAAUUGGAAAUAUACGUGGCUUUAAUUAAAAUUCUCAGGGAAUUCAAAUUAGAGUGCGCCCAAGAACUACAUCCGGGUUUCAAAUUCGGCCAGCAAAUAAUGAUGCCUAACAAGCCGCUAAAAUUACAAUUUGUUCAGCGAUAA